AUUCAGGCUCCAAGAACCGGAUAGCUUCACUUCUCUCGAUCUGCCAUGUCGAAAAUCUUCGCCGCCUUGUCUUUUGUGGCAGUUUUCGUCGAUGCUCGCCAUUGCCUCUAUGACAACAGGCCCCUGCUAGAGUCCUGUGGACGCGGAUGCCUUGCAGGGCCUGGCAAGGCCUCAUGUGUGACGCGCUGCUUGAUUGGCAAGCGUGUCAGGAGCAAUUGCGCCCAAUGCUUGGGAAACGGCUUUUCCUGUGCUCUCCGGUCGUGUCGUGGUCAAUGCCAAAGGGGCUUUGCGUCUGCUGGCUGCACCGAUUGUGUCAGGAGGAGCUGUGGACUUUGUUCCCAUGCUGGCAAGUCCCUUGAAGAGGGGGUGAAUCAAACUGAGAUUAGCCAAAUUUUGGCCGAGGUGGUCUUUUCUGCCAAGAAAGAGGAGCUAGAGCAGGCUUUCAAGAAUGACGAGCCUGAGCCUGAGCAGCCCAAGUCUGCACCAGAGUCGGAGCAGAAGUUGGCGGAGGACAAAGCCGCUGGAUGCUACGAGAACCGAAGGGCAUUGAAGGCUUGCGGAACUCAGUGCUUCAGCGCCGCAAAUCGUGGACAGUGCGCAAGACGCUGCCUGCGAGACACUUGGGGAAUGAGCGCCAACUGUGCGAACUGCUUUGGAGACAAGGUUGAUUGCACCAUUCGAAAGUGCUUGCCCAAGUGUGCCGGCAGCUCCGAGGCCUGGAAAUGCACCAAUUGUGUUCGCACAAAGUGUGGACGCUGCAACAUGAACAAGUCCGGUGAGGGUGAGGAGAUGUCGGAUAAUGUCUUGAAUGCUGUUGUGCAACUUGCCACUGCAGCCGGCAACAAGGACUCCGAGGAAGCCUUUUACCCAUGAAAGUGAGGACAGAUGGCAAGCAUUACUAAUUCGAUGGCUCGUGGCAAGUUUAGGCGUGCCAAAAUCAUGAAUUCGAUGGGUCGGGGCACAAGAAACAACCCGAUGCUUGACUUUUGAUGCACCAGUUAGCAGCAAGGCUGUUCCUUAGCUGAUCACAACAAAGGUCUUGCUGGGAGAUGGCGAACAAAGCAAUCUAUCCAGGCCGCGAGCUAUCCAAUCUGAGGGGCUGCGGCGGAGUCCGAAGCGAAUUUUGCCCAGUCUGUGAAUUCACUCGCGACUGGUACACGUAAUGUUUGCCGUCGCUAACUGAAAAGUCGUGCCAUGUGCUUCAGGGAACCUGCAAUCCUUGCAAAACUUGGAUGAAUUUCCCAUGGGCUUUUGCAGAUGAGGUCUGAGGUGACCAUUGCGCAACUUUCAGGCCAAAUGUCCUGUUCUCAGAAUUUCUCUGAACCCUUUGCAGAUCCCAAACGGAGAG